CUUAACCACUAAGCUUGUGUUUAUUUUCUGCAUGUUCCAUUGCAAGAUCUUGCCUGUCUCCUUCUUCUCUGUGCGACUUGUUCCGUCUUCAACCUCUGCCCCUUUUUUCUCGAAGGCAACGUUCUUCGGGACUCAAUCCAGCAGAGCUUGGAAUUCGCAGAAUUUGGAAUCUGCUAUUGAAUCACAGGCUCACGGAUUCUCUAUUCCACGCUGAUCGUAAAGAUCUGAAGACCUCGCGGGAAAAUGGCGGGUCUGUUUGGCCUAUCUUCAACUGCUCCGGCCACCAUGAUCGUUACCAGUACACCGGCGGCGGACCUUGCCCUUAAUAAUCUUGCUUACUGCUCCGCUUCUGAUCUUCAAAACUAUGCGGUCCCUGGCACUAAGCUCUUUCUCGCGUUGGUUGGCGAUUCCUUUGUCCUCUCCCUCUCUCCUCAUGGAAGCAUAGGCAGUGGCCACAUUGCCUUAAAUGCUAUUCAACGUCGUCAUGCUAGAGUUUCAACUGGGGACAGGAUAUCUGUGGCAAGAUUUAUCCCGCCAGAUGAUUUCAACCUGGCUUUACUCAGAUUGGAGUUGGAGUUCUUUAAAAAGGGGUCCAAAAGUGAGCAGGUCGAUGCUGUUCUCUUGGCUAAUCAAUUGAGGAAAAGAUUUAUCAACCAGAUAAUGACAGCAGGGCAAAGAGCUUCUUUUGAGUACCAUGGUACUAACUACAUCUUCACAGUUAAUCAAGCUGUUGUGGAAGGGCAAGAUACAUCCAAUAGUGUUGAAAGAGGGAUGAUUUCAAAUGAUACCUAUUUUGUCUUUGAAACAUCAAAUGGAAGUGGAAUAAAGAUCGUUAAUCAACGUGAAGCUGCUAGUAGUAGCAUUUUUCGGCAAAAAGAAUUUAAUCUUCAAGCACUUGGUAUUGGUGGAUUAAGUGAAGAGUUUGCUGAUAUAUUUCGAAGAGCUUUUGCCUCUCGUGUUUUCCCUCCUCAUGUGACCAGCAAGUUGGGAAUUAAACAUGUGAAGGGAAUGCUGCUAUAUGGACCACCUGGAACUGGCAAAACACUUAUUGCACGUCAAAUUGGAAAAAUGUUGAAUGGGAGAGAACCAAAGAUUGUCAAUGGCCCUGAAGUCUUGAGCAAGUUUGUUGGGGAAACUGAAAAGAAUGUGAGAGAUCUUUUUGCUGAUGCUGAGAAUGAUCAAAGGGCCCACGGAGACCAAAGUGAGUUGCAUGUCAUUAUCUUCGAUGAAAUUGAUGCUAUUUGUAAGGCAAGGGGAUCAACUAGAGAUGGAACUGGAGUUCAUGAUAGCAUUGUCAACCAGUUACUCACGAAGAUAGAUGGUGUAGAAUCAUUAAACAAUGUGCUACUUAUUGGCAUGACCAACAGGAAGGAUUUACUUGAUGAAGCCCUUUUGAGACCAGGUCGCUUGGAAGUUCAGGUUGAAAUCAGCCUGCCGGAUGAGAAUGGCCGUUUACAGAUUCUCCAAAUUCAUACUAACAAAAUGAAAGAAAAUUCUUUUAUUGCUCCUGAUGUGAACCUCCGAGAAAUUGCUGCUCGUACAAAGAACUACAGUGGUGCUGAAAUUGAAGGGGUUGUAAAAAGUGCAGUAUCAUACGCCUUAAAUAGACAAUUGAGUCUUGAUGACCUUACGAAACCAGUUGAUGAAGAGAGCAUUAAGGUUACAAUGGAUGACUUUCUGAACGCUGUCCAAGAAAUUAUUCCUGCUUUUGGUGCUUCAACAGAUGACCUUGAAAGAUGCAGGCUUAAUGGUAUGGUGGAAUGUGGUGGACGACAUAAGCACAUUUAUGAAAGAGCAAUGCUACUUGUAGAGCAAGUUAAAGUGAGCAAGGGAAGUCCACUUGUUACUUGUCUUCUCGAAGGCCCUAGUGGCAGUGGCAAAACUGCAAUGGCAGCUACUGUUGGUAUCGACAGUGAAUUUCCAUAUGUCAAAAUUAUAUCAGCUGAGUCUAUGAUUGGCCUUCUUGAGAGCACAAAAUGCGCUAAGAUUGUCAAGGUUUUUGAGGAUGCAUACAAAUCUCCAUUGAGCAUUAUCAUUCUCGAUGACAUUGAAAGAUUACUGGAAUAUGUUGCCAUUGGUCCUCGUUUUUCAAAUUUGAUGUCUCAAGCACUGAUGGUUCUUCUCAAACGACUUCCUCCCAAGGGUAAAAAGCUUCUGGUAAUUGGAACAACUAGUGAAGUGGGCUUUUUAGAUUCAGUUGGUAUUUGUGAUGCUUUCUCUGUCACCUAUCAUGUUCCAACAUUGAAAACAGAUAAUGCAAAGAAGGUGAUGCAACAACUGAAUGUCUUUGCUGAUAAUGAUGUGGAUGCUGCUGCGGAGGCUGUCAGUGAUAUGCCCAUCAAGAAGCUGUACAUGUUAAUCGAGAUGGCUGCCCAAGGUGAGCGUGGUGGAGGCGCAGAAGCAAUCUAUUCUGGCUCACAGAAGAUCAAGAUCUCUCACUUUUUCGACUGCCUCCAGGACAUCAUCCGAUUCUAGAUAGAUAGAUUGAGAUUCUUCUUUCAUUUGUUUUUCACCUUAUAAUCAUAUAAUCUUUUCUUUUGAUACCUUUGGGGACGGGGCUUUGAUUCAAUAAUUUUGAUACUCCAUGGUUGCCGACUGCUACCUCUGGUUGUUUUAUCGGCAGAAAAGUUUUGAACUUUGGUACUCCAAUUGCAACUGCCAUUGAUGGAUAGAAAUGGGAACUGGACUCAUUUUGAUGUUCAACCCAUCUGCUGAUUUGAACAACUGAACGUAUUAUUUAAUUUUUAUAAUCAGAUUGUGAAUUGGAGUUACUGUGUUGGAAACUGAGGAAAAUGUUCGCAUUC